AUGAGGUUUACCCCUAUUCUCAGAAAGGUACAGGAAGUUCUCAUCAAAUCGGGAACGGGAAAUCCUACCGGUAUUACAGGAAUUUUACAACAUCCAAAUCCAAGGCCUGUUUUGAUCAGCCUUUACCAAGCAACGCUAAAAAGACUGGAUGAACAAUUUCCAAAGGAGUCUAUAUACAGAAAAUCGGUGGAGGAGUUGACAAAGGCAAGAUUAGCUGUCGUGGAAAAAAACGAGGUGAUUGAGAGGAUAGAAAAGCAAAUUGGAUGCGGAUUAAUCGAAGAGCUUAUUCUUCAGGCCAAUGAUGAGUAUAACCUAGCUGGAAAAAUGGCGGAGUGGAAAGCAUGGGAGCCAUUGGAGGAAAAGCCACUGGAGGAUCAAUGGGUUUACUGGGGCAAGAAAAUUUAG